AUGAAGAAAAAAGUUGAAAAGGAAGGUGGUAAGAAGGGGAUGAUUACGGUGGAAAUUAAGAAGGAAAUCAUAGAGAAGCAUGAACAAGGUGUGCGAGUGGCCGACAUAGCAAGAUUUUAUAAAAAGCCUACUUCUACGAUUUGCACGAUAUUAAAGAAGAGAGAAGAAAUAAAGGGGCUAGAUGCAGCAAAAGGAGUCACGAGAGUAUCAAAGCAACGGCCACAUGUUCUGGAAGAUGUAGAAAAGCUGCUUCUCGUGUGGAUAAAUGAGAAGCAACUAGCAGGUGAUACCGUGACCGAGAACUUGAUCUGCGAGAAGGCAAAGGGCUUGUACGCCGACCUCGUAAGUAAACUGCCAGGUACGUCAACAGAAAAUGAAGAAGGCUUUAAGGCCAGCAGGGGAUGGUUUGAUAACUUUAAAAGGAGAAGUGGCAUCCAUAGUAUUGUGAGGCACGGAGAGGCUGCAAGUUCGGAUGCUAAGGCAGCUGAGGCAUUCGCUGCAGAGUUCCAGAGGCUCAUGGUUUCUGAGUGUUACCUGCCACAGCAAGUUUUUACCUGCGAUGAGACGGGGCUUUUUUGGAAAAAGAUGCCAAAGAGGACUUACAUUACAGCAGAGGAGAAUGCAAUGCCCGGUCAUAAGCCUAUGAAAGACCGUCUAACCCUCUUGUUGUGUGCUAAUUCAAGCGGGGAUUUCAAAGUCAAGCCCUUGCUCGUGUAUCAUUCUGAGAAUCCACGAGCCUUCAAGAAAUGCAAGGUGCAAAAGAGCCAGUUAAAUGUUAUGUGGAGGUCCAACAGCAAGGCUUGGGUCACUCGUAUCUUAUUCGUUGAGUGGAUCAAUGAGGUCUUCGGUCCUGCAGUGAAAAGAUACCUUUUAGAAAAUAAUCUGCCACUCAAAGUCAUGCUGCUUAUGGAUAAUGCUCCAGCUCAUCCUCCGGGUCUUGAAGACGACCUACUGGAGGAAUUCGACUUCAUUAAAGUCAAAUUCCUUCCUCCCAACACCACUCCCCUACUCCAGCCCAUGGAUCAGCAGGUUAUUUCGAACUUUAAAAAGCUUUACACCAAAGCACUAUUUCAGCGAUGCUUCGAGGUGACUGAAGGAACAAACCUUACACUCCGAGAGUUUUGGAAAAAUCAUUUCCACAUCGUGAGCUGCCUCAAGAUCAUUGAUAAAGCCUGGGAAGGAAUCACCAAGAGAACACUCAAUUCUGCUUGGAGAAAACUGUGGCCCGAUUGCAUUUUUGGACAGGACUCUGAGGGGUUUGCUCAUGAACAGGAGCCGCCAGUUGUUAAUGAAAUCGUGUCCUUGGGCAAGACCAUGGGACUGGAGGUAAAUGAGGACGACAUUCAAGAGCUGGUGGAGGAACAUGACCAGGAGUUGACCACCGACGAACUGAUGGAUCUGCAUCGCGAGCAACAGCAAGAGGUUAUGGAGGAUAUCUCAUCUGAGGAGGACGAGAAAAAGAUGGAGGAAUCCCUCACUUCAAAAGAGAUCAGGGAGAUAUGUAAAAUGUGGGAAAAAGUGCAAAACUUUGUAGAAAAUCACCACCCAAAUAAGGCGGCAGCAGCGCGAGCGAUGAAUCUGUUUAAUGACAAUGCAAUGUCGCAUUUCCGCGAAAUCCUCCAAAGGAGGCAAAAGCAGCUAUCAUUGGAUAGUUUCCUGGUUAAAGUUGCACGAAAAGAAAAAAAUUCCAGCGAGCCAACAGAGUGCAGUGAUUCUGUGAGUACUGAAAGUCAUCCUACACAAUAA